AUGGGAGCUGUUAGGAAAAUUAAGACGAAGCGCAGGACCAGAGAUUAUGAUCAGGUCCGGGCUGAUAUCGCGUCCGCGAGACACCUCGAACUAUACAAAGCUACGAAAGACGAAGAGGACCUUCCCGGCCUAGGAAAGCAUUAUUGCGUCGAGUGCUCCAAAUGGUUUGAGAGCGAGCAUAAUAUGGCCGCCCAUACGAAGGGCAAGAACCACAAGAGAAGACUCCGCAUCUUGCGCGAAGAGGCACACACACAGAAGGCUGCUGAGGCUGCCGUCGGCUUGGGUACAGACAAUGGUGUGAGGUCGCAAGAGACCACCGAGAUGGUCAUUAUGGAGGAUUAG